AUGACAUGUACUCUAUAUGCUGUUUUCUGGCAGAUGAUAAAACUAAUUCAAGGUGAGUGGUACUGGAAAGAUGAUACUAACACCCUUGAAUUUUCAAGCUCCAGUCCAGCAACUGAGGAAAACCUUAAGGAAGGAAAAAAUUCCGGCUUUCAGGAAAUGUGUCUGAAGACAUUAAAGAGUGCUGGAAGAAGGCAGGCUGAUAAAGAGGGAAAAUUGCAAGGGCUAUCCAAGUGGGUACAACAGGAAUACAUUACGUUGGAUGAUGUAAAAUUUAGGAAUGAGAAACUGGAUGAGUCCUUCAUGGCCCUGCUCUUCUACCUGUCUCUUCACCAGGAAAUAAUUGCCCUGGAAUAAAAAUGCAGAUCCUUGAUUUUGACUAUGAUAUUUUUGGAAGAUGUGCUGGUGAAGUUAGGCGUAUCCAGGAUCUACCUUGCCAGGGUGUACUGUAACCUUAUCCUCGGAUGAGGCAUGGCACAGCAGAACCACAUGCCCAGUGAAAAGAGAAAAACAUAAUUGCAGAAAGAUUGGAACUUUUUUGAGGGCUUCUACAUCUUCAGCAGCUAUGUGGCUUGGCUUGUGUUCAGAUGGAAGCGCUUCCAAGUGAUUUGGGAAGAAAUCAUCAAGCUCCUUUGCUCUAACGUGUUUGAUCCUGCUCUAAGAGACAGGAACAAUGAUGACUUGCAGAAAGCAGGAGACCAGACUGAGUGUGAUUGCCUGAGGCACACAUCUGACAUCCUGUUUUUAAUAGUGUUCUGA